UUCAGUCGUGAACCUUCAAAGUUCGCUCAACAAUUUAAGGUGUAAUUUAUAUAGUAAGGUGGGGGAAGAUGGGACACCUUUAGCACAUAUCUGAAUAUCCUAAACGUUGUUUGAACAAUUGACAACGAUCUAUGGAAGUCGUGAGGAUACGGUUUUAUUUAUACAGUAUGGCUAAGCGGAGUUAAGAAUAAUGUUAUUCUGCCAAAGUUACAAGUUCAUUUAUUUUUCGGUUUAACCCACUACCACUGGACAGGGACAUGCCGUAAUCGUUUUCCACUAACGCCAGUCACAUAACAAAAAAUAUAUAGAAGGAUGGGGGAACAUGGGACACAUUUUCAUUCCAUUAUCACGUCCUUUUUGCUAGUAGACAAAGAACAUUUAAAGAAUUAUAAAACCGUAUCUUCAUGACUCUCAUAGACCGAUGUUAAUUGUUUGAAACACGAUCCGGAUAUUUGGGUACUUUGUGUUAAAGGUGUCCCGUUUUUCCCCACCCAACUAUUUACGGAUUUGAAAAUAACUUUUAUAAUGAUAUAUUGCCGUAGUUAUUGUGGUAUCUUAUUUAAUGUUUAACAUUUAACCAUCAAGCAUACUAGAUGUUUUUACCGACUAUUUGUAUUAACACGAUCUCCCCUCCAGGUUUAAAACCCAACAUGACAAAAGUCUUCGGUAGUUGAUGCCGCGGCACAGUUGGUAAGCGUACCUCCUGCCUAUAGGAUUCAAGGCCUUUCGCUGCUACUAUUGUUGGCUUUGAGACACAACAUGAUAUAGCAAUGUUUAAUUGGCACAGCGAGCGAAGAAUAUCUUCAUAUUUUAUAUAUGUGGGUAAAGAACCGCAUAUACACAAGCUGCAUACAUUUCCAACAUUGCUGCUGUUGCUUCUUUUCUACGCAACUUGUUCGAUUAAUUUACAGUGUUUUGACUUGACGGUCGAUACAUGUCUGUGACUUUCCUUUCUUCGUCGGUUAGUACUGUGGAGAGGGGUUUCGGCUGGCAACGGGUGCGCGGGGCAGAGAAUCAUUGCUGUUUUCUAUUAACGGUUUUGAGUCGGUCUUACGUUGACAGUGAACCUGAUCUGUUCAACACUCCCGAAUGAAACAUGCCAGGAGCACGCCAGCAUGAUCAGGAGUAACAACACUGCAAGUGCCGAAGCGAACAUACAUCUCUGUCACCCUCUACUGCAGUUGAGACUAAACAGGUAAGUGAUGAAAUAUAACUAAAAAGAGUUGCACCCUCAAGGUUUCGAAACCGAAGCAUGAUGAAGGUGGCGCAGCCAUCGUCGGAACUGCGUCUAGAUGUCAGGUUCACUGCUGGAAGUGACCCUAAGACCCUGCCGACGUCGCAUAUAUAAACAACUUUCUGGUCAAAGCAAUGGUUGAUGACACUUUCCCAGAACAGCCGUCUAAAUUUUUACAAAUGGUAAUCUGAGGGUCGCCUGUAAGGCUGAGACCUCCCUCCACAUACUGAGCACUUGGCUGAGGAAAGUGCACGCUCGACCUGGUGCUCCCGUCAGGCUACAUAGCCUUGGGUCCACAGAACCGGCCAAAAGAGAGAAUGUUUGUCGCAUUGCGCCCGUGUCCCAAUCUGCGUUGAUACUAUAAACACCCAUCAGUAUAGGACGACAUAAUCCCGAAAUCCCCAUAGAUUAACUACGGGUCGUCAGUGCGGUUACCGAGGGCAACAACUGCGGAUUUCAUCUCCGUAUCGCAGUCGUUCAGGAAGACAAACUUCCAACUGAGCUUUCUUCUCGGGCUUAUCAACCUUGUCGGUGAUCAGUCGAAGGCGGCAAACGAAGGAAGCGAGUCACCUCCUGGGCAGAAAACCAACUUGAACAAUCAGGAUGGUGCUCCAAAGACGGGCUAAACAUAAAGGCAUUGCCUGUUACCAAAUCAACUUGCACCACUGUAUAGCAGCCGCCAUUGAACUAAUGGCCAAGCUGAAUGCAGAGGGGCACACAUUUGUAGCUCUUGUUCAAGAGCCGUAUUGCUUGCAUGGUAAAGUUCGAUAUUCCCCAACAUCGACAACAAUCUUCUCCCAUGUGACUUCAACACACCCAUGAUGUGUUAUAGCAUCCCGCAACCUUAUGACAUGACUACUAACUCCAUUCACGAACGGUUUACAUGCCAGCUGACGACGGAAAUGCCCCUCCUUCCUCAGUUAGUGCAAUAUCUGAUCACCCAUUGUGAACUAAACAACAUCAACGUAAUUUGCACGAAUGCUAACGCUCAUCAUACUAGAACCGUCCAAAGUACGAUGUGUAACUGCUUUAAAUCAAUCGGUUUACUUCCAGUAUUCAGCUGCCUUAUUUUCCUAAUCGGUCUAAUACUUUGUUAUGGACUUGCAUUUCUAAACCACCAUUUAACUGUGGUGUUGCCGACGAUAAGUGCCACAGGCAGCAUGCCACCUGAAAGUUGUUACUUCACAUUUUUCCUUGCAAGUGCUGGAUUCCUCCUUACUCUCGUGUGCUUUAUAUACCACAGUUACGUGGUAGCUGUACACCAAGAUGGCAUGGCAAACUUUAUUGGACUUCUCAGUGGUGUAGGAUCAGGUAUAGGACUCGUUCUGGUGGCGUCGUUUCAGUUUAAAUAUGUUCCGAUCCUACACUACGUUGGCAUGGGUCUUGCUUGUACUGGCCAACUAAUCUUUGGGUGGUGUGUGGUUGCCGUAUCUUACCAACUGGCGCCUAAAGUACAUGGAUUCUGCAUCGUCUAUUUCAGAGUUGUGGUCGCCUCAAUCUCUACGCUGCUGUGGACUCUGUUUGUGAUAUCCCUAUGCCUCGUCCAACUGCAGCAUGACCCGGCGUACCCCAAAGUUCUAUUCUCUGUAUCAGAAUGGGCUCUAAUGCUUUCUGAGUUGGUGUUCGUUUGCAGUACUUCAUACGACUUUUUACAAAUUCGGUCGCUUGAGUUAGACCUGGGUAUAACUGGACCGCAUUACAUUGAGGUUCCUGGUCAAAAUGGCAUUCACAGAUAGAUUAAAGGACGCAGGACUAUGCUUAACUGUUGUACACUGUGGUACACACGUGUAUCUAAAUGCUAAAGUUUGAAUUUCAACUAAGACGACUUGGUAUCCGCUUGUGGAUAAACUCAACGCGUCAACCGCCAUUCAAAGUUUAAUUAUUUUGGACUUAAAUGUCUGUAGGGUACUUAUGGAUAUCCCAGAAAGCUCUUUGGGGUUAUACUGUUUUGAAUUGCUUGUAAACGUGAUCGUAACUUACCAAAACGAAUUCUCGGCAAUGAUUUAUGAAUUUGAUAUGUAGGCUUAUUUGUGCUUGUAAUUUGCACGACUGUAGUCGGUGUUCUGUGUGAAAAGUGCAAGAAUUUUAACUGUAUGACAGUUCGAUCUUUUUUGUCAAAUGGAGAUUAUUUAAAAAAAAAACGUUUAAUUUCAAAGCAAAUUGGGAGGUUUUUAUUUUAAAUAGAAACAUCACGAUCAGAAAUAAACGAACCUGAUUGGCCGCGUAAUAGGGGAAUACCCGUAUGCUAAUAAAGUCGGUGAAGCAGAA